AUGGGCGACGAGACGAUUGAUGAGGUGCACUUUGUGCAGGAGAAUGAGAAUUUGGCAAAAGAUAUUAUCUUGAAGUCAGGUAAUUAUAAGGCGGUGAGUGGGAUAACCAGAGUGACGAUGAAAAGAGCAGACAACAAAGUUUUGAUAAUCGAGAACCCUGAAGUCUACUGUAAAAACCGAACUUCCUAUGUGGUUUUUGGUGAGGUGGUUGUCGACAACUUCAGCCAAAAACUAGCUCUUGCCCAAGAACAAGCACGUCAGACGUCUACCGACACCUACUUAGAAAACUCAGAAGAAGACAUUGAAAUGAUAGUAGAGGAGACAGGUUUUCCAGAAGACGAAGUUAUCAAAGCCUUAGAUGAACACGGUGGCGAUGUAGUUAUGACAAUAUUUGCGUUGCAUUCCAGGAAUCGCUAA